AUGACUUUGGCUGACACUCAACCAGCGGUAAAGGUGGAGCAAGAGACCCAGCCAAUAGAGAGUGGAAAGGUGCUGCUGUUGGAGCCCUCUGUUAUUGAAAAGACAGAACCACGCCGUCAUAGAAGUCUGUUCAAACAUGGCAAAAAGAAGCGAAGAGCCUUGAUUGGACAGAGGCAGAAACAGAAACAAAGGCAGAGGCCAAGAGGGAGAAAGAGUGAUGAGAGUAAAUCACCUGAAAGUAAGGUACCUGAAGCUGUUGAAGAGGUAGACCUAAAGGAAGUUUCCUCCCCAGAGGCUGCUUCCACACCGGCAAGCUCUAAACUCCUUGGCAUCCUCAAGACCAAGUACAGAAGGAAAAAGGUCCCCAAUUCAAGCUUUCAGUUCCUUGGUACCAAAAGACCAAGAGCCAGGCCUAAAACUCUAUCUAAGCAGGUAGAAAUGGAUCUCGCCCAGCAAAUUUUGGAGGAGCAGGAUAUACAAGACACUGUGGAUGAUGAACCACAGUCUGAUGCUUUUGAUGACCAGCAUGGUAAAUCAAAGUACCUUAAAAACAUAAAGCACUUCAUCAUGCCUGUUGUCAGUGUCCGGUCCUCACGGGUGAUCAAGACUCCACAGAGGUUUAUGGAUGAUGCUGGCAUGUCCGUUUUGCCUCGUAGAAACUCCCCGAAGAAAGGCCAACUAUUCGGCUUACACCCACGCACUGGAAGGAAACGAGAAGAUGGCACAGGUAGAGAGCUUACUCCUGAUCUGCCUAUCGACGAGGAAGAAUUUCUGAAUGAGGCUCAGUUAGAUGUCGAUUUGUUCUCAACUCAGGAACUCGAACAGGAAACCACUGACGUGAGUGACGGCUUAUCCUCCGGAAAGCAGUCUGGAAAGAGGAAGUCCCUUUUGAGGAAUCCCAGUUUCAAGUGGCAUGUGCCAGGAGAGUCUGAAGCAGGAAAGCUUGAGCCACAGGAACUGCAUCUGAACAUGAUCGCUGAGGCUGACCGUGCUGCUGCUGAGGAGAAAGGAGCCACCCAGAGAGUUCGCUUCACAGGGGCCAAUAAGAGGAUGUUCAAUCUGCUCAAGAAAGCCAAGGUCCAGCUCAACAAGAUUGACCAGCAGAAACAACUCAAGUCCUCAGGGCUUCUAUCAGGGCCUGCUGGCUCCAGAGAUGCAGCAGGGAAGAGACAAAGGAGGAAAUCGAAAGAGCAGCUUGAGCCUGCUGCCUCAAACAUGACUGACCCUCCCCUGUCACAGGAGUUCCGCAGAGCGGGGGGUCCACGCAUCAAGCAUGUGUGCCGUGCAGCAGCUGUGGUGCUGGGCCAGCCUCGUGCGCUGGUGUCCGAUGACAUGAUCCCCAGACUCAGUGCUCUGCCUCUGCAUGAGAGAACUGGCAUAUCCCCCUCUGGCAAGAACCAAGGUGGUGAGUCUCUCUCUGGUCCAGACAGCCCUGGGCUGCUGGACCAAAAGGUUACCAAGGUCAGGAAGUCGGGAGCAGGUUUUGCUAAACAAAAGAGCCUUGCACCAGUUGGACUCCGCUCUCGGAGGUGUGGGAUCUGCAAGGGCUGCAACCAUGAGGAGGACUGUGGCGAGUGCAUGAACUGCCUGGACAAACCCAAGUUUGGAGGGCCCAAUACGAAGCGACAGUGCUGCAUAUAUAAAAGAUGCGAUCAGAUUGAAGACAGAAAAGCACGUCGUUUGAGUGGCAAGUUCCCUGGAGGUCCUGGGAAACGCCCGCGGCACUCCCUCAGCGUGGUUCAGUCUAGCAAUGAGGAACUUGAUGGGAUGGAGGUGGGGGACAGCCAGAGCCCAUCUGUGAGGAAGCAGCCGCGGCGUUGUGUGAAGCCGCGCUCCUACUUUGACCUGCUGGACUAUGACUCCGACCUGGAGAUCACUGUGGGCUCCAACUCUGCCUCCCCCGGCCGGAGGAGAGGCCCCGGCCCACGCAUCCAAGACUUUGUCUCUCUGGAUGGAUUCCUGGGAGACCUAUCGGACGACGGUGUGAGACAUCGCAGGCUGCACCACCGAGUCCCUCCUGGUCGCCGUAAAACUGACAAGCAGUCCCACCCUUCACAGGCACAGCAGAAGCGGACAGGCCCGUGGAGCGGUGGUGUCUACAGCUGGCUGGACGAUGACAACCAGGGAGAGAGAGAGUCAGAGGGGCUGUCGGCAGAGCAGCUACUGCUGCAGAUGACACAGUCCCCCCCACACUCCCAGUCAGACCUAGAGCUAUCCUCCUCCUCCCCCGAGGACCAAGGGUCUCCCCACCCCUGGCGCCUGCUAUCCCACACUGGGGCCACCCCGGGGUGGCCAAGGGCCAGGAAUCCUCUGGAACAGACGCCACCUAGCGUCCUGGCCGCCCUCGCCAAUGGAUUUGACCAGAGGGAGAGGGAGCCCUCCGAGCCUACGCACAAGAUCGGCGUGGACUUCAAGGAGGACUGUGACCUCCAGAAUGUGUGGAUGAUGGGAGGCCUGAGUAUCCUGACCUCUGUGCCCAUCAUGCCCCCCUGUGUCUGCCUGCUGUGUGCCAGUAAAGGACAACAAGAGCAAAUGCUGUACUGCCAGGUGUGCUGUGAGCCCUUCCACCGGUUUUGCCUUGAGCCAACAGAGCGCCCCUCUGAGGAGAACUGGUGCUGUCGCCGCUGCAAGUGCUGCCAUAUAUGUGGCAGAAAAAACAAGCACUCCAAGCCUCUGCUGGAGUGUGACAGAUGUCAGAACUGUUAUCACCCUUCAUGCCUGGGUCCUAACUACCCCAAACCCAACAGGAGGAGGAAGGCCUGGGUGUGUAUGACGUGCAUCAGGUGUAAAAGCUGUGGGGUUACACCAGGGAAGAGUUGGGACACCGAGUGGAACCACGAUAAAGGACUCUGUCCAGACUGCACCAAGCUCCACGACCAAGGCAACUACUGUCCGAUCUGCUUCAAGUGCUAUGAGGACAGUGACUACGACAGUCAGAUGAUGCAGUGUGCCACCUGUAACCACUGGGUCCAUGCCAAGUGUGAGGACCUGACAGGUGACCUGUAUGAGAUUUUAUCCAGCCUGCCAGAGAGUGUGGCGUAUUCCUGCCGGCCCUGCAGCCAGUCCCAGCCCAGCGCCUGGAGGGAGCUGCUCCACAUGGAGCUGAGGGCCGGGGUAGAGAAGGUGCUGGCCUGCCUGCUCACCUCCACUCUCACCCAGCACCUCAUCACCUGCUCACAGUGCGUGACCCAGGUUGACCCUGACAGUGGAGCGGAGGGCCAGCCAGUCUGUGACCUCCGUGCUGUGGGCAAGAAGUUUGACAAAGGCCUCUACACCACCCUGAAAUCAUUCCAUGAAGAUGUGGUGCAAGUGGUGCGGAGGCGUCUGGAUCAGGAGGAGUCUCUACCGGAGGAUGAAAGGCCCACAGCCUUGGCCCGCUCCUACUACUUGAAGCUUCUGGAGGAGGUCUUCAACUGGUUCAACAGUCAGGACCCCAAAGUGUGGGACCCCCGAUCCAAAGACCUGCCUAUUGGGAUGCUGUCCCAUGCGGUUCAGCCCCCCACCACUGAGCAUGUGUAUGCCCAGUGGCGUGAGAGGGAGGAGCUAAGGUCCAGGGCCCCUCUAGGGACCCUGCAGACGGAGAAUGUUCCACGCCUGGAGGUGAAACAAGAAGAGGUGCCUCACCCCACCACCCCACUGAUCACAGAGCCAACCAGGGGUCUCCACUUUAGGAAAAACAGGGAUUUCAGGCUUAAUAAACUCAAAGGGAAAAGGGGAAGAGCCAGACUGCAAUCCAUGUCUGAGGGACGUCCAUUCAAGUCUGAGGGACGGCUGUCCAAGGCUGACCUAGACACAGGGUGGUCCAAGGACGACGGGAGGCAAUGCUCACUGUGCCAAAAGUAUGGAGAUGCUAAGUCCAAUGAGGCGGGCAGGCUGCUGUACCUGGGCCAGAACGAAUGGGCUCACAUCAACUGCUCCAUGUGGUCCGCCGAGGUGUUCGAGGAGGACAAUGGCUCUCUGAUGCACGUGCACAGUGCCGUCGCUAGGGGGCGCUUCAUGCGCUGUGAGCGCUGUAACCAUACAGGUGCCACAGUAGGCUGCUGUCUGACCUCCUGCCAGAGCAACUACCACUUCAUGUGUGCCCGCUCCCGCAACUGUGUAUUCCAGGACGACAAGAAGGUGUACUGCUACAAACACAGAGACCUCAUCAGUGGCAAGAUCAUCACUGGCCAAGGGUUUGAGGUGAAUCGGAGGAUGUAUGUGGACUUUGAUGGGAUCAGUCUUCGCAGGAAGUUCUUGACCGGACUGGAGCCAGAAAACAUCAAUUUGAUGAUUGGCUCUUUGCAGAUUGAAAAGCUAGGUAUGCUGACUGAGCUGUCUGCAAAGCAAGGAAAACUCUUCCCGGUGGGUUACCGGUGUUCUCGCUGGUACUGGAGCACGGUGAACCCACUGCGGCGAUGCAAAUACACGUGUACGAUCCGUGAGGUCCGACCGCCGGUCCCUGAGAAACCUGCUGAAGAGAUGCCUGACAAAGGAGAGAAUAACACUAUAGCACACAGCCCCUGCGCCCAGUCAGAAUCUGAUGCCCAAGAGGUUGACGUGGCACAUUCCCGACCCACUACUCCCAGCUUCUCAGCUCCACUCCCUAAACCUGACCAAGGGGCAAGGCCCAAAAUCAGGAGACCAGCUGGAGGACUGUUCCGGCCUCUGCCCUCCCCAGGAGCUACCAAGUCCAAACCCCACCACAUCCUGACCAUCAGUGACCUGGAGGAGACACGCAGGCCUCGUCGCCACAGCCCCCACUCCCAAACCCGCAGGGAUAUGUCCUCCCCACCCCUGGGCUCUCCAACUGGAUCUGGACUAAUCACCCUCCGCACUGGGGGCUCCAUGCAUCCCAAGGCCUCCGUGCCCACCUCUCCGCUGUUUCCCCUCGGUGCUACUGAUAUCCUGCUGACCUCUCCCUCUGCCCGCCCUGUCGGAGGUCGAAGUGCUUCCUCUGCCCGAUGCCCCGGGAACAUGACUCACUCUACCUCAGGACUCUUUCCCCAGCCACCGUGGGAAGACAGUGUGGGCAGCUUCCCUUCCCCUUGCCUGUCCCUCUCCCCAACCGUCCAGCACUCCCCUAGACCCAGGCUGUCUUUUGACCUGAACCAGUCAGACUCAGUGGAGGUACCACACAACUUCCUGGCCUCCCCAGAACCGGAGGAUAACCCUGCACCUAACAGCACCUCACCACUUAGGGGCUCUUUCACACAAUUCCACGAGGACUCCGACGUGGCCAUGGUCUCCGAGUUGAAGACUGAGCUUGAGAUUGAGGAGACGCUAGUGAAUGAGGGAGUGGCCAUGAACUGUGGCGCCCAGAUAGACGUGGAGGGCGACGACAACCAAGAGGAGUUCUGGGAGCCCGAGGUUCGCAAGACGAAGACCCGUACAGCCCUGACCCGCUCAGCUGCAUCCACCAGGCAAGACUGGGGGAACACUUCUUCUGAUGAGGACAUGGAGCACUAUUUUGACUUCUCGCACACUGUGGUCAGUCGCACAGGCUCCAGGGACCCACCCCAGGCUCCUGCCUCUCCCUCUUCAAGAUCUAUCCCUCAGCUGGACGGCGUGGACGAUGGGACUGAGAGUGAUGCCAGCAUGACAACCACAGAUGGGGCUCAGAAACUGAAGAGCGCCAGUCAAGUUCAGAACCCAGCUCAAACGCAUGUUCUGCCUGAAGUAAAAAUUACAACAAAUGGUCUAAGUGCAGACUCUGGAAGCCCUGUCCCAGAUCAGUCACCCCUUAGCAACCCAUUCAAGUCUACAACCAGAGUUGUCCUCCCCGCUACAAAACCUCCCCCAGUGUAUAGACCCCAUGAUCCAUCCAAAGCCUUUAAUGCCACACAACUAGCUAGGACUGAAUUGGAUUGUGUGACCCUUGCGCCAACUGAGAUCUCACCAGAAGCUCGAAGACCAGCUGCAGUGGACCCAUCUACAACGUACAGCCCUGCUGAUGUGAAUACUACUCCCCUGCAGUUAUACGCCUUCCCAACUCCUCUAGAGCAAAAUAACUCAGUCCCCUCCUUAGACGCCCACGAACCAGUGCUGAUUGCACCCCUUCAAGGAACGCUGCUGGACUUUGUCCAUACUAAGGUGCCUGAUACGGUCUACCCAGAUGAUUUAUUUCAAGUUUCCAGUCUGGAUGUUGUCCCUGGGGCUCCACUUGUUCUUGAAAGGUGUGAUCCUCCCUCCCCCAGCACCUGUUUCACUGAGCUGGUCCCUGUCCAGGUUGAUGCUCCCAUGGAAACCCAUCAGCCUCAAGACCCAAAAGACCUCUUCUUGGAUUCUAACAGCGGCCACUUUGUAUCGCCCACAGAUGGAUCUGCCAUUUACAUGAACCACUUGACAGAGAGUUCACGAGAUCCAUCGUUGAGCAGUAGUCAGGGCACCCUGUUGGAGCUUCUUCAACCCUCUUCUCUUAUCUCCUCGGACUUCCCUAGCCCCAGCAUAGCCCCGAUGAACCCUUUACAAAUGAGUCCCUCUGUGCAGUUCUCUUUGCCUGGCUUUAACUCUUCAAGGCCACCUCUCACUAGCAUCUCACUACAACCCCUGACAUCCUCCCAAGGGUCAACAGUCUUGCAGCCCAUGGAGACCUUUUGUACCAAAUUAUCAGCACCUAUUCCAGACAGUGCCCUUCCACAUUUGUCCUCUCAAAUUGAUCCCAUUUUAUCUGCAACAUCAAGCGUCAGUCUCCCAUCGUAUGGAUCAGUCUCUCUGCCUAUAUUCUCCACACAAUCCCAGGCCAUGGUCUCCACAGCAAUUACCAUUGUAUCCUCCUCUCCCUCCAUAUGCUCUCUCUCCGAUGCUCUAUCCACCCAGUGUCACCCCAUGCUCUCUUCGCUUCAGCCCUCCUCUGCCCCUGUGAUGAUUAACGGAUACAGCUCCACGUCUCUGCAGAAGGAGGCUGCCAUGGGACACACCAUCUCCAUCAACUUCUCCACCCCCAGGCCGCCACUGGAGCCCCAACAGACGCUGUUACCUCAGGGACUACCUGGCCACGCUAUCCUUACUGUGAAGGAAGUGGGUGGUCCCAACGUGGACCCUACACCUCACGUUUUGCUGGUCAACCGCCUGGGCCAGAUCUUUGUGAAGAACCCAGAGAGCAACACCUUCCAGCUGCCCAGUCAGAGCUCUCCCUCCUAUAACUGUGUCACUCAGAUAGCCAGCCUCCUUCAGAGCAAUGCCCUGUCUGCCACCUUGGCAGCAGCUGGUACAAUGUCCACCCCAGUUACAAUGACUGCCAUGCCAACCCAUGUCCCUAGGAUGGCCACGCCUGUGGUUCAGAACCCAGCUACCAUCACUCAACUGCUCACUCAUAACAACAAUGGGACAGUGGCAGCAACUGCGGUCAAGAAACCCAGGAAGAACGCAAGCGUAUCUGCAGAUGGAGCUAUACCAGGGAUGAAGAAACCCAGAAAGAAGAAAGAACCUUCCACAACUUCUAGGAGAAAGAAGUCUGACAAAGCUGCAGACCUGUUUGAGUUUGCUGGUCAGGACGGGAGUUCCUCCAUGACCAAGACUGAGAGUGCCCAAGCCAUCAUCAACCAAGCCAUGGCCAGUAACUACACCCCCAACCGGACCGGUCCGCGCAUACUGAGUCCCUCCACAUUCCGUAACAACCCUUCCCUGAAAUCUGUGGUCCUGCCCCCAGGACUACUCAUCGAACCCGAGCCCGCAGCCACCACACUGUCUGUUUCAACACCCCGCCCUCCUCGUGCCCAUGUCCGUAUGAAGAGGGUGUCCUCCCUUUCAGAUCGCAUUGGUGCCACAAAGAAGUCCAAGACAGACUUCCUAGAGCCAGAGCCCCCUAGUGCUAAGGAGGACCUGUCGUUACCCAAAGACAGCUUUGCUGCUGUCUCCAGCAGGGCCGGGGGUGUUCGCAUUAAAACCCCAACGGUGAAAGGUGUGUUGGACCUGGACAAGCUAAAGGAGGAGCACUUGAGUGACUCUGAAAGCACAAGGCCAGGGCCUUGGGACCGCCUGUCUAUACCUCGAUUUGGGGGGGACAUGGGCAAACAGAACUGGGAUGCAGUGGGCCGCAGUGCCCUGACUGACUGGAACAAAUACUCAGGUGCUGUAUCGUGCUCAGAUGAUGAGCUGCUGCCAUCAGACGAGGACGAUGAGUGUCCCCCCAGCCAAGACCAGCCCCACCUUCGCUUCGAAAUCAAAAGCGAUGACGGCUUCAGUGUGGAGGCAGACAGCAUAGAGGUGGCCUGGAGGGCAGUGAUAGACUGUGUCCAGGAGGCGCGGGCAGGGGCCAGGCUUAGGCAGCUGUCCUUCUCUGGGAUGACAGGUGUCCGUAUGCUGGGCCUGCUCCACGACACGGUGGUCUUCCUGGUGGAGCAGCUUCAGGGGGCCCGCCGCUGCCAUAGCCACGCCUUCCGCUUCUUUAAACAGAUCAGCCAAGAGGAGGACCUGCCUGUCAACCCCUCUGGAUGUGCCCGCUCUGAGGUCUACCUCAGGAAGUCCACCUUCGACAUGUUCAACUUCCUGGCUUCCCAGCACCGCCAGCUCCCUGACAUCAACCCCUACGAUGAGGAGGAGGAUGAAGUCCCACUCAAAUCCACAAGACGUGCCACUAGCUUGGAGCUCCCCAUGGCCAUGCGCUUCAGACAUCUGGAGAGGACAUCAAAGGAGGCUGUAGGCGUGUACAGGUCUGCUAUCCACGGUCGAGGUCUGUUCUGCAAGAGGAACAUCGAUGCUCAGGAGAUGGUCAUUGAGUAUGCCGGCAUCGUCAUUCGCUCAGUGCUGACAGACAAGCGGGAGAAGUACUACGAUGGCAAGGGUAUCGGCUGCUACAUGUUCCGUAUCGAUGACUUUGACGUGGUGGACGCCACCAUGCAUGGCAAUGCGGCGCGCUUCAUCAACCACUCGUGCGAGCCCAACUGCUACUCGCGCGUCAUCAACGUGGAGGGCCAGAAGCACAUCGUCAUCUUCGCCUUGCGCAAGAUCUACCGGGGCGAGGAGCUCACCUACGACUACAAGUUCCCCAUCGAAGACCCAGCAAGCAAGCUCAACUGCAACUGCGGGGCCCGGAAAUGCAGACGCUUCCUCAACUAGGGGCAGGAGGAGGACUUGGUACUGCCACAGUCUCUGCAGGGGGAACAAGGCACAAGGAAAGGGGAUGAGAGCAGAGGCAACAGAUGAAGAGGUUAAAAGCCUUAAAUUAAGGUUUUACUGGGUUGGGAGGUGGGGGAGGAGAAAAUACAGGAAAGGAUGAGCCACUACGAAGAGACUGGGAGAGGAACCAGGGCCAGGAGAUGGGGGAGCAAGAGAGAAGAGGCCACACAGGGACAUGUAUCCAUAAGCCCACAUUGGCUCCUAACCGAUAUGCACCUGCCAGAGGUUGGGCAAGUUCGCCACAGGAGAGAGCGGAAGUAGCUACCGUUAUAGCGUGGGUUGUUUCUUGAGAACAGGAUACUGAACGCUGCAGACAUCUUGUGGUUAUGCUGGUUCUAUGUUGCAUGAAGGUAUUUUCCUUGACGCCAUAACGUCAAGCACUUUCUGUUGAAAUAAGGGUGGACCAGAAAAGCUAGACUUGGAGAGAUUCCUCAUCUUUUUUUGUCGGGGGGGCAGGGGGAGAUUUUUAAAUUUUGACACCCAUAAUCAUGUUGGCUCCAUCCUCUACAGUUGAUCCCUUAGCCAUAUCUCCAUCUUUACUUGAUUUAUGAAUCAUUGUUUUAUUUAUUUGAAGUUAUUUUUCACAGAGCUCAUCAUGCGUCAGGUUGUACAUAUUUGCUUUCCGUUGACUUCAGAGAACCAUGGUGCUAGAUAUGAUGGGCCAUAGGCUUUGUGGCUCCUAGGUCAGAGACCCUGCAAAUAAUACCUAUUUUUCUAUCCAUACUCCACUCCCCUCUCACACAGACCGGGGAAGGGACCUCCAUUAUGUUCAGUUAAACGGUUAGAUAACGGUUAGUGUCACCCUUAAAGAGUUUGCUGCAGCUAGAUCAUAUCUUUAAGAACUUUCCCUUCAACAUUUUUGUAUGUAGCAAACACUACCCAAUCCAAGAGUGACGAGUUUAGCUGGAAACCUCAGUGCGUCUUUUUUUAUUUAAAAAUAUAUUUUAUUACUAUCAUGGCAAAUGCUGAUUACCUUUUGCAAUAAUAUUAGGCCUACUGCUUUGCUGCGCUCCAGUUGCACAUCUUUAGUGAACUAACAAAAUCCAGACUCCAUAUUUCUCAAAGUACUGACUUCUCUCUGACAUUCUCUGCAAUCCACAAAGGGUGGAACACUGUGUUAGACCACUAAGAGAUGUGUUAUAAACUAUAUAUACUCGACUGUGUGGACUGACAGCACCCCUGUGCACUGGAGAUCUCAAGCAUAGCGUUAGUACUGUACUCAGCACCUUAACGUUUGCUGUCGUACAACUUUAGAAAAGGCUGUCAGUUCAUUCAGACAUAUUAGGACAUGAAAUGUACACCCUGUUGUUCACAUCUUUACAAUAAGAGAUUGCUUGAGCUCUAGAAUAGUUGUAUUUAUUCAUGUUUCUGUUCAGAUUUUGGACUGGUGAAACUAGCUGUGCUUUGUAUAAAUGGUGGUCUAGUGGGAAAUCUUCCUCCCCUCGUUUCCUCUUUUUGUUUACUUUGUUCUUCUUUCUCUUAUUUGAACCUUGAUGUUUGGGGACAGUUGUGUAUUACAUUUCAGCCUUUACACAAGACAUUGUCCUAAAGCAGGUAUUUUUUAUUUGUUUUUGAUUGUAUUUCUUUGUUCUGGUAGAAUUUUCAUGGAGAAAGUACAGCAGGCCUUAGUAUCGGCAGGCCAUAUAACAGGAGAAUAUCAAGCAUUUGAGUCCACGCUGUUCUUCCCAUCUGCAUGCUACAGAGAACCCUUCAAGAUAGAGAUAAUAAUCUAAAGGAAAUGAGCACUGUCCUUUUGAAAUGUAAUAACCAGUUAGGAAGAGCUUAAGCCCACCAGCCUGCGUGACCAAUCAGUGAGAUGGAGCCUGUAUUCCCAUGUGUCAAUCAUCUAACACCCUUAGUUUGACAAUAACAGGAUACAUCUGUUUCAGGGAUACGGCUAUCCUUAACCUUGCUUCCUUUUCCUCUGAAAACCCCGCUCAGAGCAGGUUUCUCUAUACCCACUCCACUCCCCAACCUCUUGCCAGGAUUCUACCUCAGUUGUUCUGACAGAAAGAAUACUAAUGCAAAAAAGAGGAUGAUGACAAUAUAAUAAGAGUAACUUGGUUUUAAUGUCCUGCAGAGCUGGCCUGUGUGUUCGAUGAAGCAUGCAAAGCACUAGUUGGAAACCUGAAGUUACCAUGACGAUCUCUCCCAGAAAUGGUUCAGAAAGCUGUAUGUUCUAUAUGGUAGGGUUAUUUUAAACUAUAACAAAGUGUUAAAGACAUGAAAAUAUGUGUGAACUUGUCUUUGUUACCUUGUACAAAUAAGCCCUGAGUUUGUAAAUAAUUGUAUACAUAUUUCUAAACCCGUUUAAUUUUUCUAUGCACUUUUUUUAUUUAUAAUGUUAUUUGCUUAAUAAAGAUGUUAAGAUGUUUGAACAAA